AUGAAGGAGUUCAGCUUGUUUCUGUUGUGUCUCCUUUGCAUCUCCAGGAAGGGUGUGCAGUCCAAUGGCUGGUCUGUUCAUGUCCCAGCUGACGUUACUGGGGAACUUGGGAAGAUGGUAAUCCUGCCCUGUACUUUCACACACCCCUACAAAACAUUUGACCGUACCCUCACCGCCAUUUGGAGGAUCAAGGAACCUUACAAUGGCACAAUAGUUUUCAAGUGCGUUAGUCAGAGUGCCAGUGAGCUCUGUAAGACUGCCAUCAGCUACAAAAACAAAUACAAGCUGCUUGGCAACCCCAGGCACAAGGACCUUUCCAUCAGGAUUGACAAUCUGACCUGGACUGACAGCGAGAGAUACUUCUGCCGCGUGGAGUUGUCUGGGGAUAUCCACGACAAGUACGAAAGCAGGAAUGGGAUAAAGUUGCAUUUGAUAGCUGCCCCUAGGAUCAUCAACAUCACUGUGAGCUCCAAUGGGGACCGCACCUUCCAGGCUCGCUGCACCGCAGAGGGGGAGCCAGCGCCUGCUCUGACCUGGACAGGACCACCCUAUAGCAACCUCACCUCCAUCACCAGCAUGAACCAUCGUGUCACCAAGGAGCUCAGAUACCUGACCCAUGAUGGAAAAUACACCUGUACUGCCACCAACAGCCACGGAAGGGCUGAGGGGGCUGUGUACUUCUAUAAAUUCAAAGCCUCCAGCAGUUCCUUCUUUCUGAUCCUGAUCUUCGUGCCAUUAGGAAUUAAAGUGAUCAUUUUGCUGCUGAUACUGAGCUUCAUCUUUUUCUCAAGAGGGGGUCCCUCCUCUGCCCCGUCCAGCCUAGCUCGGCCACAGUUGCAAGACUCCACUUACGAGAACUUUGACCGUGGACACGGCGGCAGCCAGACUUUGCCGACAGAAAGAACAGCAUCAGGACGCAGCUGA